AUGGACGAAGCUCAUGUCGAAUUGCCCGAUGGACACCUUGUGAAUCUUUCACCACGACCUGUACGCCCAAGUCCCUACCGAGCGUACCGAGCCGAGUACAAGCCCUCACCAAAGCUCUCGGCAACUCCUCCACCCCAAUACCAACAAGAAGGAAGAUCAACAGAAUAUGCCAUUGCAGGAGGCGCACCGGGGAAUAUCUCUCAACUACCCAAAGCUACCAAGCUGCCCGUCCCGAGGAGUCUCGCUGAAAGUCGUAAAGAUGAUACAAAUCAAACGCGCAGUCCCACUGCGCUUCCUAAAUUGACCCCAUCCAGCCACUCCUCGGGGCGGCUUGGUGACCUGUCUAAAUCAUUGGAGAAAGGCCACGAUCAAUACUGGAGGAAAAUACGGGAUAAGUUGGAGGAGUCGCCGUUGUUGACAAGGCGGACUAAGAGCAAAGGAAGCGACGAUGGCCAAUCCCCCAACUCGCGCAUCUCAUAUCACCGCAGCAGACUCUUGGCCAGCACUAGCCAAGAUCAGGCAAGCUACCGGGCGGAUAAUGCACCAUCAAGCAUCCCGAGUCCAAGCAAUGUCAACACCAGUCCCGCGCAGAGGUCGAGGAAGAAUGCCCCCUCCACCCUUCCUGUGGACAGCCAAAACAAAUGGCGGAAGGAAGAUGAUCAAUGGGUCGUCAUGGAUGUGACCGAAACCACACCCCAGAAAUCAGUGAGGACAAACACGACCACUGAUUCCAGCCCUCGAUCUCAUCCUUCCGUCUCGCCAGUAUCUGCUGAGGACAGUUCUAUCACCGACUGGGAAGACCGAUUCGUUGUCAAUAUGCCAACUGCAAAAGAUCCCAAUCCGCCAACAAUGACAGCUCAACAAAUUGCAGAGUAUCAAAGAAGCAUUGAACGGGUACACAGGGAUGGUGGGCAAAUGGUAGACCCGGCCACAGUGCCUAGUCGUAACGUGUCGCCCGAGAUCAGAUUCAAUCCUAGCGAACAAAGAACCCGGAGCCCAAGAGGGAUCACUACAUACGACGGGGCGUACGAGAGGCGGCAAGUGCCGAGCUUGUCACAAGACGAACAUCGCCCAUUGCCGCAGCCUCAACAAAAUGCUCACCCGGAGCAACAUUCACAGCCCCAGCCCCAGCAGCCCCAACCUGCGACUGCAUCGCAACAACGAGUAGCGAGCCACUACUACUGCCCGGAUGAAAUCGGGUAUAAUCGGAUCAGCACAAUUUGGGAGGAAUCGCCCACAAAACCCAAAGAGAAGCGACACCCUCAAAACGCCGAUGGGUCUUUUUUAGGGUGCAGGGAAAUAUCCGGGGAGAAGAAUCCAGACGAAAUCCUCAGGUUCGCUUCCUCAGCCCCAGACGAUGCCAGUCUGCAUCCACCCCCAUUGGCCCUGGGUUCCAAGAACAGGCACAGGGUGUCGAAGGAAGUGAAGGAGGUGACAGACCGGAAAAGCAUCCACAGAGUCGAGAAGAUCACAGUCCUUCAAGAAGAGCGGCCACGAACUUCUCAGAAUUCGAGACCUGCCCGAUGCUCGAAGCCGUCAACCAUAUACCGGGAUCGGAGUUGCUCCCCGAACCCACCCCCAAUUUCACGGGCGAGGUCCCAGGAUUCGAGCAAGGAGAAUUACCAUCCUACCAGCAAUACACCCGAGCGGACCGGAAGUCUGGAAGAAAACCGGGAGGACGACGAUGUGUUCAUUAUCACACCCACUAUCACACGCACUAUGAUUCCCACCCCCGACAAAAAAGCGUCUUCGCCAAAGCCGCAAGGGCUGCGUCGUCCUGGUGGCACAAAUCAUACAGUGACCGCCGAAGCUACCAAAGCCGUUCGCGCAAAGGCUCAGAUGAUUUCCACACCAUCGGGAUUGCGGGCGGGGGCACCGAACAUGAAUCCCCAGCCAACAGACCGUACCUUGACAACUUCCCAAACGUUGCCACUCCCCAGUAUCACCACCACGCUCAAAGACCAAGACGACGAGGGUCCAAACCAAGAUCGCGUGCGAGAUCACACUCCAGAACGAGCAGCAGGUGCAACAACGAAUACUAUCCGUGGCUUCAUCCGUACCACCGGGCUGGCAAACCCUUCGGGGCUGGCCAGGCCACCUACAGAUAGCAUUACUACUAUGCUGCGUAACAGGACUGAGUCCCUCCGCACACGCGCCGAGUCUCUGCGGAAUGGUUCGGGGUCACUCCAGCGUGCGAACCAGAAGCGAUCGCCAAGUCCUCAACCAAUUCUUCCGUCUAGGGACAACUCGGAAUCAUCACGAUCGGAACGGUCAUUUCAAUCCGCCAAAGAAACCCCACCAAACAAAUCUGCCUCGUCGCCCAAAAUGGUGACGAUAGAAAAGAAACCAGAGGAAAGCAAGCAACCACCGCCAGAACCACCUGUACCAAGCAAACCAAUAACGAAAAAAGUGACCAUAUCAGAGGAACGUCCUUCGUCAGCAAAACCCGACAGGCCCCCUACAUCAACAAGAAAGAUUUCCGCGCUAGCAAAGCCACCCAAGUUGAAUAGUACCCCCAAGUUGGAUGAAGCCUCCCAGUCUACAAAACCAGCCGCGUCUGAAAAGUCUCCUUCACCCAAAGCCAAGAAGCCCUAUACUUCACCAAAAAAGGAAGAGCAGAUGAAGGCACUGCCUCGUGUCCGUACCUCUGGUAAUGUUCUGGAAAUCGCCGAGCUCGAUGGGCUGCAAGUUGCAAGUCCGAAGGAGUCUCUUCAAUCCAACAUCACAAACGUCUCUACCGAUCUAGGUGACAUGCAUUCCGGAGACAAGGAUGAUUUCGAUGGCCAGGGACUCAGCCCCUUAGCGCUUUCACUUCUUUUCAAUAUUCUUGUUGUUGCCGUCACCCAAGUCAAUAGAGCUUUCCGAAUGGGUGCCGACAGUCCUUAUGCCAAAUUUGUGGUCAAGAACACUCUAAACAUGACAAGUCACUGUUGGCGCGUCUCAUGUUGCAUCUACGCCGUGGCAUCCCACUAUCAGGCUACAGGCGCCUGGCCUAAGCCCCGUAAUGACCAGGCUGUCAGCCGGUUCAUGGUGGAGCUUCUUCAAGCCAUUGUGUAUCUCUUGAUUCUUGGGUUUUCAGCCAUGCUGAUAACCCGUACUGUUAGUUACAUCGUUCUUGUGAGCAGCUGGGUUGUAUGGUUUGCCAGGCCGUUUGCGUGGGUCUUCCAAUGUGUUGGCCGUGCCCUGAUAAUGUAA